AUUAACUGUAACGGCCCAUGUCACGGUCACAGUGAAGAACCAAGUUAUUACCAGUAGUACCCUCCACAUAUACCACCACCACCUCCAAACUUACCCCUUUCUCCUCUCUCUCUGUCUUUCUCAGAUUGUUCUAGUCCUUCCUUGGUGAGCAAAACCCUAGAUGGCCUAAAAAGCAAUAGGACCAAUUUCACCGCCCAGUCCUCACCACCCUCACCGAUUCCUCUGGUGCAAACCCUUCUGAAUUUAUUCUCUCCAACCCACACCAGUCUAAUUGUUAUCUUUCUUAAUUUCAAAUCACCACUUCGCCAUAGUCAUGGACGCUCAGAGAGCUCUGCUAGAUGAACUUAUGGGCGCAGCUCGUAACUUGACGGAGGAAGAGAGAAAGGGAUACAAGGAAAUUACUUGGGAUGAUAAGGAGGUCUGUGGAGCCUAUAUGGUUCGAUUUUGUCCUCACGAUCUGUUCAUCAAUACCCGAAGUGAUCUAGGCCCCUGCCCUAAAAUUCAUGACCCAAAGUUGAAAGAAAGUUUUGAGGAGUCCCCAAGGCAUGAUGCGUAUGUGCCCAAGUUUGAAGCUGAACUAGCUCAGUUUUGUGAGAAAUUGGUGAUGGAUUUAGAUAGAAGAGUAAAGCGUGGGCGAGAACGCCUUGCUCAGGAGGUUGAACCUGCACCGGCACCUCCACUGUCAGCGGAAAAGUCUGAACAGUUGUCUGUUCUGGAGGAAAAGAUAAAGAACUUGCUGGAACAAGUUGAGACCCUUGGUGAAGCUGGAAAGGUGGAUGAAGCUGAAGCACUCAUGAGAAAGGUGGAUAUGCUUAAUUCUGAGAAGACAGCCUUGGCUCAACACCCUCAGAAUGAUAAAGUGUUGAUGCUUGCACAGGAGAAAAAAAUGGCACUCUGCGAGAUAUGUGGUUCAUUUCUUGUGGCCAAUGAUGCUUUAGAGAGGACUCAGUCUCAUGUUACAGGGAAGCAGCAUAUUGGUUAUGGCAUGGUCCGAGAUUUUAUCACUGAGUACAAGGAAACUAAGGAGAAGGCAAGAGAAGAAGAAAGGUUAGCAAGGGAGAAAGAAGCAGAAGAACGGAGGAAACAGAGGGAGAAGGAAAAUGAGAGUAGAAGGAGAAGUAAUUCAAGUGAUAGGGACAGGUAUCGUGACAGGGAGCGGGACAGAUAUCGAGAACGCGAUUCAGAUCGUGAAAGGUCUAGAGAGUGGAAUGGCAGAGGUAGUCGGGAUGGAGGGAGAGGGGCGGAUUGGAGGUCCAGGAAUGGAAGAGAUGGGGGCAGGGAUAGGUACCGUGAUCGAAGCAGGUCACGUUCCCCUGUUAGACAUAGUCACAGGAGGUCACCUAGAAGUCCAGUUCGCCCAUAUUAAUGAAUUGUGUAGAUAGAUGUCUGAGCUUUGAAAUUUUUUGAGGUAGAUUUUCAUAUCUGGUUUUAUGAACAUGUUCAUUUGGAGUCUUAAUUAAAUUUUCAUCAUGGGUGAAACUCUUUUGCUAUCUCACAGCUUUGUUGAGACUAUACCAUCUCCCUUUCAUCAAUAUUAUAAGCGGAGAAAAGGGUUGAGGUAGGUAUUAUUCUAAUAUUGUAACUCAUUUUAAAAUUCAUAUUAGACUUGAAUGAGGUAAAUUUAAUUUAUGUAUGAAACUUCUCUGAGACAAUUGUUUUCAGAGUCUCACAUCCCCAUUUGUUGGGAAGUCAUUGUUGGCUACUUUCUGUGUUGUCACAUAUUUAAGACAUCAGACCCGAAAAUGAAUGCAUGAUUGAUCCACCGCAGCUGGAAGAUGACGGUUUUUAAUCAUAUUUGAGGUAACAUAUUUAUCAUCUAUAUAUCAUCGCCAACCAAUACAAUAUUUCCUUCCUUUCUUUCCUCCUCCGUCUUCUAUCUGGUUUUCAGUUUUAACCACUCUAUUGCUAGUGGUGCUUGUUUGCUAUGUGUUUAACUGGGGAGGGAGAAGAUAUCAAUCAUGAGAUGUGGAUAAUGUGCUACGUGUUGCUCUCAAGGUAUUUUUUAGGGGACUCUCCAUCCUUACGAGAAAAUGGUCUGAUUUUUCGCCCUUGUAAUGGUUUCGCAUUUUGAAAAGGCUCAUUAGUUUUCCCUCUUUUCACCCUUCCCCUUUUAGCUUUUAGCAUAUCGAAAUUUAAUACUAGAACUGGUGCAAGCAUUACUUUUUAAUAAUUGGCAGUGAGAGCAAAAAUGCCAAUCAUUUUUAAGUCGUGGUAAAUCUGUAAAUUACAUUAUCAUGUGAAAUAGGUAGCUUUGGAAUCUACCACGGUGGACUGGGAUGCAAGGUGUUCCCUUCUUUUGCAAUAUAAAAUUUGCAGUUAGUCGGUCGAUGGAGGUAACUGCCAAUCAUAAUCCGCAGAUUAGUGUAUUUCUUUUUAUAGUUUGCAGGAAGGAAAGGGGGCAGAUUACUUUGGUGAAACAUGACGCUUAGAUUUGUGGGCGGUCAAUAUUUUCUCAUGGCAAGCAAUGGUUUGUGCAGGGCAACCUUAUAUUCAUCUUGCCGAACUACUUUAUGAGUGGACAAAUUGAAUUCCCUUCGCUGAUGGCCAUGUGAAUUUGGAAUAACCAGCAUCUCAUAUAUUCUUUAUCACCUUUGACUCGUUGUAAUCUUUACGAUAUUAUUUUAAUGACAUGCAUCAAGGAGUGCAGUGUUUAUGGUGCA